AAAAGAAGCAAUAGUCAUUAGAAUAGCAAGAAAAAUCAUAGAAAAUGCUUCAAAAUUAAUCGCUUAACAAAGAAAAUCGAUCGAAUCGGGCGUGGAAGUUUAUUAAAAAAUCAACGAGAACAGCUGAAAGUGUGAAAAAAAAAAGUAAAUAACUGUUAAAUUUAGUGAGAAAAAAAAGUUAAAAAGAUGAAAUUUUUGAUUAGAAGUGAGACAAAAAUGUCUUGCUAAGAGACGAAAGUCGUAGCGCCCCUCAGUAAUCAUCGUCUCAUCUCACCUCAGCACAUAAAAAAACACACUGAAGUAAUGGGAAGCAAUUGUUGCAAGUGUGCAGCAGGAAAUGAUAAACAGGGCGCUUAUCUUCGAGGAAAACAGAAACCAGAUUUAUUCACAUUUUCACGACGGGACGGCAUUCCCGUCAUUCACGCAUCUCAAUUUCAACCAGUAACCAGUUUAAAUCCAAAUUCCCCAUCAAGCAGCAAAUUCAAACCGUACCAAUACCCCUUCAACACAAAAGCAACAGUAAACGGCGCCGUCAUGGCAAAUACUCCCAAACCCCUCGUAGCGGAAAACAGCGGCACUGAUCCGCCCGUUUUCAUUAAACGCAUAACCGACACAAAUGUAAAAAUUGGCACAAUGUGUCGUCUCAGUACCAUCAUAAAAGCCUCCACAGACGACAUUCAGAUCACGUGGUAUCGCAACGAUCGUCGUAUUUGCGAAAGUGAUCGCAUCAAAUUCGUUAACGAAGCAAAUGUUUGGGCUCUCGAGCUGUCAGAAGUCAUUGCCGAAGACGAAGGUCAAUGGAUGUGUCAAGCGGAAGGAUCCGGGGGACGAAGCACGUGCAUUGCCAAUAUCGGAGUAAUGAUUCCAAAAGCAUACAAGCCCCCGAAAUUCGUCGAAGAGCUACAAGCGAUACUCACGGAGCAUGGAACAGUCUCGUUGGAGUGUAAAGUCGUCGGUGUUCCCACGCCAAAACUUCGAUGGUUCAAAGAUUCGAAAGAAAUUAAGGCAGGAGAUGUUUUUGCACUCACAGCGAAUCCAGAUGAUCCAACGUCGCUUGGAGUUUACACGUGCGAGGCUCGAAAUUGCAUGGGCAAGUCAUAUUCGAGCUCGAAAGUUUCCGUUCAUGACACGAAAAUUAAAGCUGAUGACUCGCAAGGAUUCAUCAAUGCAGGACCUCCGCCCAUUUUUACAGAAGAAUUGAAACCCGCAACAGGCAAAAUCGGUGAUACGAUAAUGUUAGGAUGUCAAGUUGCUGUUCCUCCAUGGCCCGUAAGCGUCGCAUGGUACAAUCAAGAAGGUCGAGUCGAAGACGGCGAUGAUUAUCAAUUCUUGGAAGACGGUUUGGGAAGUUACAUGAUCGAAGUUAAGUCAGCUCGUAGUUGUGACGCGGGCGAUUGGAAAUGUGUCGUUACCAAUUUCGAAGGAAGUGUCAGCAUUUCAACUUGUUAUGUCGACAUUGAAAUUCCCAACAACUUCCGAAAACCUCGUUUUAUGGAACCUCUGAGAGCUGUUCUAACGGAUGAAGGUCUCGUCUCGUUCGAAUGUAAAGUCGUUGGCUUUCCAACACCCGCUCUAAAAUGGUAUAAAGACGAUAUUGAACUCCGUCCCGGCGAUAUUUAUCAACUAACGGGCAUUAAUUCGCUUGGCUCGUACUGUUGUGUGGCGGAAAAUUGCAUGGGAUCCGCGAAAAGUAGCACUUUGUUGACUUUGGAAGAUAUUGAAGGUCAAUUAAAUGAGGAAGAAAAGUCACAACUGAUUGAAAAUGAUCUUCCGCCCAAAUUCACGCUUGGAUUAAAGACUUGCGAAGGUCGUAUUUUAGAUGAUUUCAAGUUUCAUGUGUGCGUUCAAUCGAUUGUCGAAACAAAAUUGUACUGGUUCAAGGAUGAUUCGCUCGUUGAAAGCAGCGAUCGUUAUAUUAUCGGCAAUUUGGGACAAGGAAUGCACGAAUUGGAGAUAAAAUCCUUGGAAUUGAGUGAUCAAUGCGAAUGGAAAUGCAUCGCGAUGAACGAUUUUGGUCAAUCCAUGACUUCGUGUUACUUGAAACUUUUUAUCCCGAAACAUUACAAGAAGCCGCGUUUCUUGGAGCAACUGAAAGCGUCGCUAACCUCUGAAGGCGCUGUGAAUUUGGAGUGUAAAGUCAUCGGAGUGCCUCAACCAAUCCUCAAAUGGUUCAAAGAUGGCGUCGAAUUGAAAGCGGGAGACAUUCAUCGCAUUGUUUCGGGUCAAGAAGGUGCUCGAUCUCUCGGAACGUACACCUGUGAAGCGCACAACUGCAUGGGAAGAGUUUCCAGCAGCGCAACGAUCCACAGUUACGAAGCUGUACAACAAAAGAAUGAAAUCCCGACCCAAGUCAAUGACAGAAAUAACGUUUCUUUGUCGACGAUCAACGAGGAACGCACUUCUCAGAUGUACGAAACGCCUCCUCAGCAAGAUUUAACCUUGAACGAUCGUAAUGACGUCACAUAUUCCUUCGAUGGCAAAGAAGUUUCAAUCUCAUUGUAUGAAACUCCUGAUUUAACCGAAGAAGAAGCCUUGAAAGUCGUUGAAAUGUACGCCGAUCAAAUUUCAGAACACGUUUCCGAGCAAAAUGUCGCCGAAUUGCCUCCUUUAAGGUUCAUGAAGGAAACUUCAACUUCAGGAAAUCUUUUGAUGCAAGCAGUUCUCAUUGAUGUUGCUCCAGAUUACUUCCCUGAAGAAGAAGAAGACCUCAAAACAGACAACGAUCUCGAAGAACUCAGUGUUGCUGAUAGUUCGCAGCAUAUUAUUUCACCGAUUUCAGCGAAAGAUGUCAUUUUUGCAAGUCCUCAGUUGCAACAACAGUACAACAAUAACUUGAGACGUCGUUCAGGGUCACAAGUCAAGAGUUCUGACGAUUAUUACAGUUUAGUUCAAUCCGACAGAAGUAAAAUUGCGACUGAAGAACAAGUUGAUGACAUCUCUUCAGUUGAGUUUGCCUCAGCGAAGAUCGAAUCUCUUGAAUCUGGAAUUCAAACAAAGGGAGUUUCGAGUCCUGAAGUACCUAUGAGUCAAAUUGUGAAAGAAUUGGAUACGAUUAAACUUCAUCUCAGCGUUUUAAUGCAAAGAAUUGAACUUGAACAAAUCCGUUUGACAGAAACCAUCAAAGAAGAGUUCGGUGAAGAACAGAAACAGGAUUCAAUGUUACUGUCGUUGAUCACUUAUUUCCUAAACGCUACCCAACAUCUACAAAAAUCUUUGGAUAUUCCGAAAGAAACAAGUCGUGAUCUUGCUUUAGUUCUCAUGAGCAGCUUGAAUGAUCUUCAACAUUGCUUAAACAGUUUCGGAAAUAUGAUCGAUCAUCAUGAUGUUCGAGAAGAAACAGCUUCAGCAGUUACGAAAACUGUUGAACAACCUCUUGUGAACUUACUGAACAGCAUUGAAAACUUUGCUGUAACGCCAGCUGUUAACGCAGAGUCAAAACAAAUCAUGUUGGGAUUGACUUUUGGUAUCAACUCGGAAAUGAGUCGCGUUAAAUCCGCCUUAAAUGUACUUUCGGACAAAGCAACUCUCGUUGGAGAUACUGCUGUACUUGUUCAAAGUGUUGAACGAUGCGAAGAUCUCGCGCAAGAUGUUGAAGAUGCUGUAAUUGAAGAACAACUUAAGGAGCAAAAAGUUACUUUGCCACAAUUGUUUGAAUAUAUCGUGAAAAAUUUGGAACAACCACUGAUUAAUGUCGAGCAUUUGUUGAAUUUGAACCAAGGCAAGAUGAAUUUUGAAGACUUUUUCAUGAUUGAAGAGAGUGUGACAUCUGCUGCGUUGUCUGUGAUGAACGCUACACGAACUGACAUCGCUUCUGAACUCCAAAAACAACACACCUUAUCAACGCCAAGUCAAAAUCGUCUUCUUGAUGCUGUCGAAAACAUUCAAAAAGUACUCAAGAACAUUGGAGCAGCUGUCAAGAACGAAAAACAUAAAUCUCUCUUCCCAUUGACGACAGAAUCUUUGUUACAAGUGACAACUCAAAAUAAUAUCUAUUUGGCAAGUAAUAUUGCAAAUUUGAGUGCUGAAUUAGAUCCAGCGAUGUACGAUUCUUUAACGCAAAUGCAAACCAAUUUCGACAAACUUGUCGAUACGAUUUUGCAAGAUCCGGAUGCGAUGGAGAAUGCAAUUACGAUGGAAACGUUGAGAAGUCCCCUUGAAGAAUUGAACUUUUUCUUGAGAUUAUAUGGAGAAGACUUUGAAAAUUGUUCUGUAAAAGACAUCAGAUCUCCAUUAGAAACACUCUCGAAUCGCAUCAAUGCUUGUGAAUUCUUCCUUGUAUUGAUAAGUCCCAAAAAGAAUGUGAAAACGUUAAAAAUAUUGCAAAAGUUGAAGAGCAGCAUCUUUGAAAUUGAAGAAGAAAUCAGAACUAAAGCAGUUGUUCAACAAAAAUCGAGUUCAAAACGACCUGAAGAAAUUUUGGAUUUCGGGCAUAAACAAUCUUCUGAACAAAUCAAUCAAUGUGUCAGGAAAUGUCAUGCUGAUAUUCAAGCUAUAAUGUUGCAUGAUCGUCGUGAAGUGCUUCAAAGAUACGUCUUGCAAUCGAUGAUGAUUCAUCUCGCUGAUGUCAGUAACUGUUGUGAACUUUUAGAGCAAGCAAAUGAACCUCAAGUCCUCACUGAUCUUGCAGAAGCUUUGAAAAAGUUGACACAUUCUUUAAAUUAUGUUCAACAAAUCACGAUUCCCGGAGAAACGCGAGAUCUUGACAUUAAAUCUCUCGUUAAGAAUUUCGUCGAGGUUUAUGGUUACUUUGAUAUGGUUCAUAACGAAGUUUCAGAUCAAGCGAAGAACUCUAUUGAACAUCAAGAUAAACUUCAACCAGUUGUUGCGGUUACAAAUGAUUUGAAACUUUGUGUUGGACAAAUUUUAGAACAUUUAUCUGAACCAAUGGAAGACAUCUCAGCCAAAUAUAAUUUCUCUUCAUCUGAACAGAUGUACGAUGUUGAACAAAUGAGUGAAGCACUCGAUGAUCAAAGCAUCAGUUCAUAUGGACAAGAAUGGGCAUCAGCUGGUCAAGAUGUUAACAUAGUAUCACAAGAUCAACGGAAACAAGAAGCUGAAGUCUUUAGGAAAGUCCUUGAUGUUAGAACUGAAAACACAAAUGCUAUUAAUGCGAUUGCUGUUGCGAUUCAACAGUUGGAGAACUUUUCAAAUAGCAAGACGAGUGUUCCAAAUCCUGAAUGCGGAGAAGCUGUUAACAUUGUACUCGAUUGCUUCAAAGGAAUCACAUCAGCUUUGGUAGAGCUUGAAUAUUUAGUUGACAAAAUCGAUUAUGAGAAUAUUGGAGAACAAUCUAAUACGAUAACUUCACAUUUGGCGCAAGCAAUUUUCUCAGAAGUUAAUUCAAAUAUCGAAACAAUUGAUAAAUUUGCAACAUCAGAAAAGAGAGAAAAACUUCAAUUACAGAUUCCAGCAGAACAAAGUAUUGAUUUGAAAGAUAGCUUGAACACGUUGAAUGAAUUGCUCAAGAGUUUGACAGUUCAUUUGAAAACUUACAACAUUGAUGAUAUCCUGAAAUCGUUAAUGGCUAAUGCGAUGUUAAGACAAGAAAUAAUCCAAGAGUCGAGCAAACGUAACUCAAAUCCGCCCGAAUCAAGUGAGAUACUGAAAUUGGCGGAGGAGUUGUUGAAAGAGACUACUAAAGAGAUUGAAUUGGUGCCCGAUAUUGUUCAAGAUUUGCCGCAAGGAAAACUUAAUGUUGCACAAGUUCAAUCUAUAGAUCAAAGUCUUACUGAAGCUCAUACAAUGUCAGAAAUGCAAAAGGUUGAAAGUCUUAAAGAAGAGUCUGUUAAAGAAACACUCUCAGUAGCAAUUAAAGAACUUAAAGUUUUGCAAGCUAAUAUUUCCAAGAUUUCUUCUCCUGAUUUGAAUGUUACUGAACUCCAAUCUACAUUGAAAGAAUUAGAACAACUCAGUCAAGCCUCUGUUAAAGAUGUUUCUCAACUUGGAGAAGCUCAAGCUGUAUCAGUUACUGUUGAAAAAGCUGUCAAAGAAUUGCAAGUUUUGAAGGCAAACAUCUCGAAAGUAAAAUCCAAUGAGACAAGUGUUGCUGAAAUUAAUGAAACAAUUGAAGGAUUGAAAGAAAUUGCUCAAAUGUCAGAAGUUAGCGGAGCACAAGCUAAAGCAACUUCCGUAAAAACAACUGUUUGUGAAGCAAUCAAAGAACUCAAAGUCUUACAAGCUAAUGUAUCCAAGAUUUCUUCUCCUGAUUUGAAUGUUACUGAACUCCAAUCUACAUUGAAAGAAUUAGAACAACUCAGUCAAGCUUCUGUUAAAGAUGUUUCUCAACUUGGAGAAGCUCAAGCUGUAUCAGUUACUGUUGAAAAAGCUGUCAAAGAAUUGCAAGUUUUGAAGGCAAACAUCUCGAAAGUAAAAUCCAAUGAGACAAGUGUUGCUGAAAUUAAUGAAACAAUUGAAGGAUUGAAAGAAAUUGCUCAAAUGUCAGAAGUUAGCGGAGCACAAGCUAAAGCAACUUCUGUCAAAACAACAGUUUGUGAAGCAAUCAAAGAACUCAAAGUCUUACAAGCUAAUGUAUCCAAGAUUUCUUCUCCUGAUUUGAAUGUUACUGAACUCCAAUCUACGUUGAAAGAAUUAGAGCAACUCAGUCAAGCUUCUGUUAAAGAUGUUUCUCAACUUGGAGAAGCUCAAGCUGUAACAGUUACUGUUGAAAAAGCUGUCAAAGAAUUGCAAGUUUUGAAGGCAAACAUCUCGAAAGUAAAAUCCAAUGAGACAAGUGUUGCUGAAAUUAAUGAAACAAUUGAAGGAUUGAAAGAAAUUGCUCAAAUGUCAGAAGUUAGCGGAGCACAAGCUAAAGCAACUUCUGUCAAAACAACAGUUUGUGAAGCCAUCAAAGAACUCAAAGUCUUACAAGCAAAUGUUUCCAAGAUUUCUUCUCCUGAUUUGAAUGUUACUGAACUCCAAUCUACGUUGAAAGAAUUAGAACAACUCAGUCAAGCUUCUGUUAAAGAUGUUUCUCAACUUGGAGAAGCUCAAGCUGUAUCAGUUACUGUUGAAAAAGCUGUCAAAGAAUUGCAAGUUUUGAAGGCAAAUAUCUCGAAAGUAAAAUCCAAUGAGACAAGUGUUGCUGAAAUUAAUGAAACAAUUGAAGGAUUGAAAGAAAUUGCACAAAUGUCAGAAGUUAGCGGAGCACAAGCUAAAGCAACUUCUGUCAAAACAACAGUUUGUGAAGCAAUCAAAGAACUCAAAGUCUUACAAGCAAAUGUAUCCAAGAUUUCUUCUCCUGAUUUGAAUGUUACUGAACUCCAAUCUACAUUGAAAGAAUUAGAACAACUCAGUCAAGCUUCUGUUAAAGAUGUUUCUCAACUUGGAGAAGCUCAAGCUGUAUCAGUUACUGUUGAAAAAGCUGUCAAAGAAUUGCAAGUUUUGAAGGCAAACAUCUCGAAAGUAAAAUCCAAUGAAACAAGUGUUGCUGAAAUUAAUGAAACAAUUGAAGGAUUGAAAGAAAUUGCUCAAAUGUCAGAAGUUAGCGGAGCACAAGCUAAAGCAACUUCUGUCAAAACAACAGUUUGUGAAGCAAUCAAAGAACUCAAAGUCUUACAAGCAAAUGUAUCCAAGAUUUCUUCUCCUGAUUUGAAUGUUACUGAACUCCAAUCUACAUUGAAAGAAUUAGAACAACUCAGUCAAGCUUCUGUUAAAGAUGUUUCUCAACUUGGAGAAGCUCAAGCUGUAUCAGUUACUGUUGAAAAAGCUGUCAAAGAAUUGCAAGUUUUGAAGGCAAAUAUCUCGAAAGUAAAAUCCAAUGAGACAAGUGUUGCUGAAAUUAAUGAAACUAUUGAAGGAUUGCAACAACUUGCCAAAGCUCAAAUGAUCGAUGUUAUUGGAGCAGACGAAAAAGCUGCUUUAACAAAACAAUUAGCAUUACAAGCUGAAAAACUUGCUGAACUUACCUGUUCUGUUGCAUCAUUAAAAGAUGAAUCACAAUUGGCUAAAGCUACUGCCAUCAACGUUACUGUUUGUGAAGCUAUCAAAGAAUUAAAAGUCUUACAAGCAAACAUAUCGAAAAUUUCUUCUCCUGACUUGAGUGUCAAAGAACUUCAAUCAACUUUGAAAGAAUUAGAACAACUCAGUCAAGCUUCGGUUAAAGAUGUUUCUCAACUUGGAGAAGCUCAAGCUGUAACAAUUACUGUUGAAAAAGCUGUUAAAGAAUUGCAAGUAUUAAAAGCUAAUUUAUCACAAAUUAAAUCACCUGAAACAAGCGUUGCAGAAAUCAAUCAAACUAUCCAAGGUUUGCACGAACUUGCCACUGCGACAAUUGUUGAUGUUAGUGAAGAAAAAGCUAAAAUUGAACUAACAAGACAAUUAGCAUUACAAGCAGAAAAAUUAGCAGAACUUACUGAAUCGUCUUUAGAAGAUUUGCCAAGUAUGUCAAAAACUUCAAAAGCAGCUGUAGUUGAUGAAUCUGGAUUGUCAUUAGUCAAAGCUACUGCUGUAAAUGUGACAAUUUGUGAAGCAAUCAAAGAACUCAAAGUAUUACAAGCAAAUAUUUCGAAAGUUUCUUCGCCAGAUUUGACAGCUAAGGAAAUUGAAACAACAUUAAAUGAUUUGCAACAAUUAGAAAAAGCUCUUGUAAAAGACGUAAGUCAACUCGCUGAAGCUCAAACUUUAACAGUUACUGUUAACCAAGCUGUCAAGGAAUUGCAAAUGUUGAAGGCAAAUAUUUUAAAUAUUAAAUCUCCUGAAAUGAGUAUUGCGCAAAUUGAGGAAACAAUUCAAGGAUUGCAAGAAUUUGCAAAAGCAGAAGCAAUUGAAGUCAGCGGCGAACAAGGAAAAGCACAAAAAACAAAAAUAAUUCCUUUGAAUGCUGCUAAAGUUAUUGAACUAAAAUCACACGAACUGAGCGAAUCAACAUUAGAUAAUUUGCAAAGUUUGACGGAAGGCUCUUUGGCAACGUUGAAAGAUGAAUCAGCAUCUGCUAUUGCAAAGGCAUCAGCUGUCAAUGUUACCGUUUACGAGGCAAUGAAGGAAUUGAAAGUUUUGCAAGCUAAUGUUUCGAAGAUUUCCUCUCCAGAUUUAAAUGUUGCUGAGCUCCAAUCAACAUUAAAAGAAUUAGAACAACUCAGCAAAGCAUCUGUUUCAGACGUUUCUCAACUCGGAGAAGCAAAAGUCAUAACUGUAACUGUUCAAAAAGCAGUUAAGGAAUUAGAAGUUUUGAAAGCCAAUAUUUCAAAUAUUAAAUCGCCUGAUACAAGUGUAGCUCAAAUCAAUCAAACAAUUGAAGCUCUUGAAGAAGUUGCUCAUGUCGUUGAAGUUAGCCAAAACGAAGUCAAAGCUACUAAAGUAACGCCAUUACAAGCUGGAAAAAUAAUUGAAAUGAAGUCGCAUGAAAUGAGUGAAUCAACACUUGAAAACUUACCUUCAUUAUCUGAAGGAUCUGUUGCUACUUUGAAAGACGAAUCUGAAGUUUCCUUAAUUAAAGCAACCGCCAUGAACGUUACUGUAUGCGAAGCAAUCAAAGAAUUGAAACUUUUGCAAGCUAACAUUUCAAAUAUUUCCGCUCCAGAAUUGUCUGCUAAAGAACUUGAAACAACCGUGAAUGAAUUGAAAACACUCGGACAAGCUCUUGUAAAAGAUGUUAGUGUACUCGGUGAAGCAAAAAUUUUAACAGUUACUGUUAACCAAGCUGUGAAAGAACUACAAGUACUGAAAGCAAAUAUUUCACAAAUAAAAUCUCCUGAGACAAGCAUUGCUCAAAUUGAUGAAACAAUUCGAGGAUUGCAAGAACUUACAAACGCUAACGUUGUUGUCGUUAGUGACGAAUUAGUGCAGGCUCAACAAACAGAACGUAUGAUUCGUGAACAAGAACUUGUACGACAAGCUGCUGAAUUAGCGGAAUUGUGUAAAUUAGAAGCAGAAGCAUUAAAAUUGGAACAAUUUGAACAAGAAGCUAAUAUUUUGUCUGAACCUUUGAAAAUGCCAUUAUCUGUUGAAACAAAAACAACUGAUUUGAGUGAAGGAACAUUGGAUAAUUUACCAGAUUUGUCUCAACAUUCACAAGCUUCAUUAAAAGAUGUAAGUGCUUCAGAACUCAGCAAAGCAAAUGUUGUUACUGUAACAGUUUGUGAAGCAGUUAAAGAAUUGGAAGUUCUUCAAGCAAACAUAAGCAAACUCCCUCAAUCUGCUGAAGUUAGUGUUUCUGAAGUAAAAUCUACAAUUCAAGAGUUGAAACAGUUGUCAAUAGCUCAACAAAGUGACGUUUCGAAAGCUGAUAAGAAAGCGAAUGUUACAGAGGUUGUUGUGCAAAAAGCUAUUAAAGAACUUAAAAUUCUUCAAGCUAAUUUAACAGAACUUGAGUCAUGUGAUUAUACCGUUGCUGAAAUUCAAGCUACUGUCGAUAAAUUGAACAAUUUGAAACAAGCAACUAUAAGUUCAGUAGACUCAUCAUUAGUUAGUGCUACAAUAGAUCAAAUUUCUAUCUUGAAAGCAGCUCAAAAGUUAGAAUUGUUGAACUCGUGUGUUUCAGAGAUAAAAUCUCCCGAAGCAGUUAGUCCAACGGAAGUUCAAUCUCUUGCUGAAGAUUUGAAGAGCUUAGCAUUUGCUAAUAUUCAAGAAGUUUCAAAUGAAGAUAUGUGCUUAGCAAAGGAAUCUUCUGCUACAAUUCGAGAUGCUAUUCAGAAAUUAGAAGUGAUGAAAGAAAACGUUGAACAAGUUGAACAAUCUGGAAUGCAAAAAGAGGAAAUUGUUGAAACUUUGCACGAGUUGAAAGAAAUCUGUGCUAAAUCAACCGUUUCUGAAGCAGUUAGUGAACUAAAAGUUCUUGAAGCAUGUGUAAAGGAAUUGAAAUCAUCAGAUGUAACUGCAUCUGAAAUAAAAUCUACAAUUCAAGAAUUGACGAAUCUUCAACAAGCAUCUGUGAAAGAUGUUUCUUUGCAAGAACUUGUUAAAGCAACACCUGUUGAAGUUGUUGUUAAAGAAGCAGUCAAAGAACUUAAAGUUUUAGAAGCCAAUGCAGACAAACUGAAAACUUGCAAGUUGUCAGUUGAAGAAAUUCAAGCAACUGUACAUCAUUUAGAAGAACUAAUCGACAUUAAACCAAAACUUGUUAAGACUAUGAAAGUUGAGACAGUUGCACCGAAACAAGCAACCAUAAGUCAAGCUGUGAAAGAACUUGAAAUUCUUAAAGCUAAUAUUUCUGAGUUAAAACAAUCAGAGUUAACAGCACAAGAAAUUCAAUCGACAUUGGAUGACUUAAAGAAUUUCAAAAAGGCUAUUGUAACUGAGCAAACAAGCGAUUUAGCUGUCGCUAUUCCUCAAAAUGUUACAUUGCGUGAAACAAUCAAAAAGCUUGAGACUCUUAAAGCUCAUGUACGUGAAAUUAAGUCAGGUAACGUAAGUGAAGAUGAGCUUGAAUCAACAAUUGAUGAAUUACAAGAUAUUGUCAACAAAAAUACGAUCAGUCAAACGGUGAAGGAACUUGAAAUACUUGAAGCUCAUCUUGUUGAAAUUAAGUCUCCUGAUGCAAGUGUACAAGAACUUAAAUCGACGGUAGAAGAUUUGAAAGAAUUAACUGCUAAAGUUAGCACUGUAGAAUCUUGUUCAAAAGAUCAAGCAAAAGCAAUUGAAGUUACUGUACAAAAAGCUGUAAAAGAAUUGAAAGUCUUGCAAGCAACUGUUGGAGAGCUUAAAAUUCCAGAAUUAUCUGUUCAAGCAAUUCAAUCUACUGUUGAAGGUUUAGAAGAGCUUUCUCAUGCUAAAGAAGUAUCUGUUGAUCCAUGGUUGGUUGAAAAAGCAAAGGCUACUAAAGUUUCGUUACAACAAGCAAUCAAAGAGCUCGAGAUUCUCAAAGCGAAUAUUCAAGAAUUCAAGACUCCAGAAUUAACAACACAAGACAUCCAAUCAACUCUUGCUGAACUCAAGAGCCUUGCAACAGCUAAAGUUGCCGAAACAACAACUAAACAUGGAGUUGUUGUACCGAAAAAUGUCACAAUUAGAUCUGCCAUUGAAAAAUUGAAUGUUCUUAAAGCGCACAUCAAAGAAGUAAAAUCUGGAGAAGUCAGUGAAGAAGAAAUUGAUUCAACUGUCGAAACACUAAAAGAAAUUGCGACAAAUACAACACUUGAACAAGCGAUCAAAGAAAUCAAAGUUUUACAAGAAAACGUUUCAGAAGUUAAGACACAAGAACUAACAGUAGAAGAGAUAAAAUCAACUUUGGAUGAUCUUCAACAACUUACUCAUGCUUCGUUGAAAGAAGUAAGCGGAGAACUUUGUCGCGCAACUCCCGUUGAAGCAACUAUUCAAAAAGUUCUCAAAGAUCUUAAUAUUCUGAAAGCGAAUAUUUCUGAACUCAAACCUUGUGAUACAACUGCUCGUGAAAUUCAAGCAACAGUAAACGAUCUUGAAAAACUAUGUGCUAAAGCAACUGCCGUUUCAAUGGAAAAUGCACUUUCAAAAGCAACAACUACUCAAGUUUCAAUUCAAAAAGCUGUGAAACAAUUGGAAAUCCUUAAAGAAAAUGUUUCUGUAUUGAAAUCACCUGAAAUUUCGACCCAAGAAUUGCAAGAUACUGUCAAUGAUCUUAAACAACUCACAAAAUCUGCAAAGAUUACUGAAGUACAAGGCGUAUUGUGUGUUGCUACUCCAAUUGAUGUAACAAUUCAUGAUGCUAUCAAAGAAUUAGAAAUAUUGCAAGCAAAUUCAAAACAAAUUAAAUCAAUGGAUCUGAAAACGGAAGAGAUUCAAGAGACUUUGGAGGAAUUGAAACAAAUGUCUCAAGCAACUGAAGAAACGGAAAAUAAAAAACUCAUCAGUUCUAAAAUGAAUGUGUCUGUUGAAGAAAAGUCGACAUUAUCAGAUGUCAGUGAGAUAAGCGAAACAACUGAAACUGAGAAGAAAGAAAAGAAACAAAAAGAAGAAAAGGAAGUUCAAGAAAAAGCUGAGAAGAAACAAAAAGAAGAAAAGGAAGCUAAAGAAAAAGCUGAACUUGCUGAGAAGAAGCAAAAAGAAGAAAAAGAGGCAAAAGAAAAAGCUGAGAAGAAACAAAAAGAAGAAAAGGAAGCUAAAGAAAAAGCUGAACUCGCUGAGAAGAAACAAAAAGAAGAAAAGGAAGCUAAAGAAAAAGCUGAACUUGCUGAGAAGAAACAAAAAGAAGAAAAGGAGGCAAAAGAAAAAGCUGAACUUGCUGAGAAGAAACAAAAAGAAGAAAAGGAAGCUAAAGAAAAAGCUGAACUCGCUGAGAAGAAACAAAAAGAAGAAAAGGAAGCUAAAGAAAAAGCUGAACAGAAACAAAAAGAAGAAAAGGAAGCUAAAGAAAAAGCUGAACAGAAACAAAAAGAGGAAAAGGAAGCUAAAGAAAAAGCUGAACAAAAACAAAAAGAGGAAAAGGAAGCUAAAGAAAAAGCUGAAAAGAAACAAAAAGAAGAAAAGGAAGCUAAAGAAAAAGCUGAACUUGCUGAAAAGAAACAAAAAGAAGAAAAGGAAGCUAAAGAAAAAGCUGAACUCGCUGAGAAGAAACAAAAAGAAGAAAAGGAAGCUAAAGAAAAAGCUGAACUCGCUGAGAAGAAACAAAAAGAAGAAAAGGAAGCUAAAGAAAAAGCUGAACUUGCUGAAAAGAAACAAAAAGAAGAAAAGGAGGCAAAAGAAAAAGCUGAACAGAAACAAAAAGAAGAAAAGGAGGCAAAAGAAAAAGCUGAACAGAAACAAAAAGAAGAAAAGGAAGCAAAAGAAAAAGCUGAACAGAAACAAAAAGAAGAAAAGGAAGCUAAAGAAAAAGCUGAACUCGCUGAAAAGAAACAAAAAGAAGAAAAGGAAGCUAAAGAAAAAGCUGAACUCGCUGAGAAGAAACAAAAAGAAGAAAAGGAGGCAAAAGAAAAAGCUGAACAGAAACAAAAAGAAGAAAAGGAAGCUAAAGAAAAAGCUGAACUCGCUGAGAAGAAACAAAAAGAAGAAAAAGAGGCAAAAGAAAAAGCUGAACAGAAACAAAAAGAAGAAAAAGAUAAUGCUGAACUCGAAGAAAAGAAAAACAAUAGCGACAAAGCAAUUAAGCAAGCAGUUUCAGAUUUGAAGGAAAUCAAACAAAGACAUGAUGAAACAAAAGAAGAAAUUGCUAAGCAACAAAAAGAAGCUGAAGAGAAAGCUAAAAAAGAAGCCGAAGAAAAAUCAAAGAAAGAAACUGAAGAAAAAGCUAAGAAAGAAGCUGAAAAGAAAAAAGCUGAAGAAAAAGCUAAAAAGGAAGCUGAAGAAAAAGCUAAGAAAGAAGCUGAAAAGAAAAAAGCUGAAGAAAAAGCUAAAAAGGAAGCUGAAGAAAAAGCUAAGAAAGAAGCUGAAGAAAAGGCAAAGAAAGAAACUGAAGAAAAAGCUAAGAAAGAAGCUGAAAAGAAAAAAGCUGAAGAGAAAGCUAAAAAGGAAGCUGAAGAAAAAGCUAAGAAAGAAACUGAAGAAAAAGCAAAGAAAGAAACUGAAGAAAAAGCUAAGAAAGAAGCUGAAAAGAAAAAAUCUGAAGAGAAAGCUAAAAAGGAAGCUGAAGAAAAAGCAAAGAAAGAAACUGAAGAAAAAGCUAAAAAAGAAACUGAAGAAAAAGCUAAGAAAGAAGCUGAAGAAAAAGCUAAGAAAGAAGCUGAAGAAAAAGCAAAGAAAGAAACUGAAGAAAAAUCUAAGAAAGAAACUGAAGAAAAAUCUAAGAAAGAAACUGAAGAAAAAGCAAAGAAAGAAUUUGAAGAAAAAGCAAAGAAAGAAACUGAGAAGAAAAAAUCAAAAGAUACCGAAGAAAAGAAACUCAAAAAUCAAGAAUCUCAAGAAUUUACUGAAUCCGUCAAGAAACAAACAGAAGAAUCUCCUGUUCCUCACAAACCUCCAAGAAAAUCAAGUCCUGAUAGUCAAACUGACAGUGGUAUUUGCGACAUUAAAUCUCGAAAAGAAACUCAACCAAUUGAAGCUCCAACUGCUCCUCUUCGUCGCCGCAAACAAAUCUCCGAGUCUGAAGAAGAACUUUCUCACAUUGGUAAGCCAUCGAUUCUCGAAUCUAUUCCACGUCCCGUACCUCGAAUGCCGCCCCAAUUCGAUUCACGCAUUAGCGACAAACUCAACGACAUGAAAGAAGAAUUCAAAACCAUUCAAAGCGAAGUCAAAUCAUUCGAUAAAACGAGCUCCGAUGCGGGAGCAAGUGUCGAUUUCACGCCCAUUUCGCGUGCAUUUGAACCCUAUAUACCGCGUCAUGCCCAACUUGCAUCUCAACACUUGGCAAACACAAGCGACCUGCAUGCAAGUUCCCAUUCUAUUAAUAUCGCUGACACACUUCGUGCUAAAACACCCGUAUCAAUCCUGUCACCAACUGCAUAUCUUACGGAUGACUCUGUCGCAUCAACUCGAAGACACUUUAGAUCGAUGUCAACACCGAGAAGUAUGUCACCCGGUGUCGGAUUAGAUCACUACGAUCACAGAAUGUCGGGCUACACGGUACAGCUAAGAAAAUCGAGAUCCUUAUCGAAGGAACGAGCAGCAGCUCUGUUGGGACCUCCGAGAGACUUUGGAAGCAAAGCACGUGAAAAGAGUCCCUUUGAGAUCGGAGCCAAGCCAGAUGUCGUCGUUGCAUCACAAAAAGCCAUUAUCGACAAGGCUGCUGUUAUGGAUAUCAGCGGCGGCGUCACAAACAUCGACGAAUACGUAAACUUGCUGUUCACGGAUUUUUGUGCGCUGGAUAAAGCCAGUUGUGCCGACAUCUCCGAAGUGAAAAUUGUCAUUAUCGAGGAAGAUGAGGAAGAGGCAAUGCGUGAAGCUGAACUCGGCAUCAAAGCUGCGGCUGAACACAAAGAAGCUACUGAAGCUGCGGAAGAUGGCACCGGAACAGAACAAUCCUCAACUGAAGAAGAAAAACAAGAGAAGCAACCUUCUCCUCCGCCUGCGCCUGCUGCCCCGCCAGCACCCGAACCGCAAGCUGAGCAACCCGCCGAAGAAGAGGUAGAAGAAGAGGAAGAAGAAGAGGAGGAAGAAGAAGAGGAAGAGGAGAAAGAACCGACUCCCCCUCCCAAAGAGCCGACACCCCCUCCGAAAGAGCCGACGCCCGAACCUGAACCCGAAGAAGAACUCGACGAGUUGUUGCCGCCGCACGACGACAUCAAUCCAUCAUUGUGGGAAGCAGCGCCAGACGAGAUAGUUGCAGGCGAACCGAAAAUUGUUAAAUUUGAAGAACCUGUUGUUGCUGCGCCACCCGAAAAACCACAAGAACCGCCAGCGAAAGUGAUGACGGAACGAGAAAAAGAUUUAGAAUGGGCUCGUGCACGGGCACUGAUGCGCCCGCCCCUAAUUGUUUCUCAUCUGAAGGAUCGUGCGGGCCCCGUUGGCUCUACCGUCAAACUCACUUGCAGCGUCAGCGGACCCGAACUCGCUGUCAAAUGGCUGAAGAAUGGCCUGCAAGUCGACAAGAACCCGGCAAAAUUCAAGUUUACCGUGAGCGAGGCGUUGCUCAGCUUGGAAAUUAGCGAUCUCGAGAUGUCAGAUGCAGGCGAAUACACUUGCUUCAUUCGCAACAAGAAUGGCGAAACGUCGACAAUGGCGCACAUCAAGGUCUACGAAACGUACGAGACUCGUCCAAUUCCGCCGACAUUUAUCUCGAUGAAAGACAAGGCAGAGGCACCCAAGGAGCAUUUUCCGACGUUGAAGGAAAUGCGCGACAAACUCGACUUUAGUGUUCAUCUCAAGAAUCGAACUGUCGUCGAGGGAGGUUCCGUGAAACUUAUUGCUGCCGUUGUUGGAAAGAAAGCAGAUCUUUCGUGGUAUCACGGAUCGGAGCAGAUUUCAUUUACGCCGCGCAUUAAGGAUUUGGGAGAGCCAAAAGAUGGAUUUGCGUGCAUUCAUAUUAAGCGGGCGACGAAGGAGGAUGCUGGUUUGUACACGUUGUACGCUAAAAAUGCCAAAGAAAAGAUUUCGACGUCGUGUACGUUGAGUGUCGUGCCGAAAGUUCAGGUCAUGAAGAACGACGAGUCGUUGGCUCCGAUUUUCGUACGUCAUAUUACAGAAACUUUCAAUCCAAAAACCUUCGAACUGUCCUUCGAAACGUUAAUUCUCGCAAAUCCCCCGCCAAAAUGCACAUGGUACAAAGGCUCCGUUCUCGUUGGUUAUAUUCCCGAUCCCAAUAUCGUCAUUUACACACAUCCCGAUGAAGUUGGCAAACACACAAAAGCUUCCCUUACCUUCUACAAGCCUUCGUACAUGGAUUGCGGCAAUUAUAUUUGCGUCGCUGAAAACGAACAUGGCACCGCAAGACAAGAGCAUCUCUGCAACUUCAUCACGGAAGACGAAUUUUACCAACUGAAAGCGGCUCAGAUCAAAGAACGCGAGAAAAUGCACGAAAUCAAGCCAGCCCGCAUCGAAAUCCCAAAGAAAAAGGGACAAGCUGUCGAUUUACGUGUUGCUGAGCCCUACAAACCUAUUGUCUUGAGCGAAGAAGAGUUACGGGUGAAAAUGUCUGACGUGUAUUACCGCAAGAUUUACGAGGCAAAAAUGAAGAAAGAGGAAGAAGAACGUAAAGCCAAAAAGACUCCCGAACCCGAGUUGUUCAUAAAUACCGAUGCGGAGUUCAUCACAAAGCCAUUUUGUGUCGUUGCUCAUUUAAUAAAUCAAACGGUGCUCGAAGGAAAAGACAUUAAACUCUCAUGGGUCGUAAAAGCCUUCGACGAACUCGACGCAAAAUGGACCAAAGAUGGCAAAAAAAUCUCCUAUGGGCGUCGAAUUUUGAACCAAGUCACUUUGGAUGGCUUAAUUUGUCUCGAAAUUCACGAAGCAAAGAUCUCGGAUUCGGGAAUUUAUCGAUGUACCGUCACAAGUAAGAAAUACGGAUCGUUCACGCAAGAAUGCGAAGUGAAAGUCUUCAAUAUUGGCUCAUCUGAGGUCGCUCCGAGCUUCACGCGUCUCAUGCGAGAGAUUUAUUAUCCGCACAAGAAGACGCUAUUUUUGGAUUGUCACGUCAGUGGUGUGCCUCGCCCAACUGUGCAAUGGUUCAAACAGGGCUUCCCCAUCUCGAAUUCCGAAACGUACACGAUAAAAUAUCACGAGGAUGGCACGUGUGAGCUCAGCUUAUUCAUGCCCGAUCGCUGGGACAGCGGAAAAUAUUUGGUUGUCGCGACAAAUUCGGCGGGAAAAGCUGAACUCAAGCACGUGAUCAACUGGAAAAACACCGUCGAAGACAUGGUUGACGAGUACAAUGCGAAGAAAAAGGACGACAAAGACCUCAAAAAGAUCUUCAAGAGCAAGUACAUCAAGGAGGAGGAUUGGGAGUUGUAUGGCGUGAACUACAAAUCGAAGCGCGAAAAGGAAAAAGAAGUCGAUCCGAAGAAAAAAUUGAAAUUUAUCACACAUUUGACGAAUCAAACGGUUCCCGUGGGCUCUGUGCUCACGAUGAAAUGCUUCACGGAUGGCAGUUGGCCCCAAUUUACGUGGUAUCAUGAAGACAUGCCCUUAAUUCAUGGCAAAAAAUACUACACGAAGAUCCACAAAGAUGGCAAAGUCGAGUUGGAUGUUCGUAAUAUGCAAAUGAAUGAUGCGGGAACAUAUCGUCUCGUCUGUAAAAACUGGACUGGCGAGAUUGAGACAAAAUGUGAAGUUACUGUGUACCAAAAUCCCUUCCAAAAAGUCGAUCCGCCGGUAUUUAUUGGAACGCUUGCAGAAUCGUAUUCCAUGCAUGCUGAUGAGCUAAUUUUGGAAUGUCGUGUUCGCGGAACCCCCAAACCGCACAUUUCGUGGAUCAAGGAUGGCGACUACAUCGUUCCCGGCGAAAAAUACGAGCAAUACGAGUCGACAGAUGGCACUUGCAAGCUUGUCAUUUGUCGCCCUGAUGAAUCGGAUUGCGGUACAUACACGUGCGAAGCUGAAUCUGGCGGUUGCAGCGACACCAUCAGUCACAAUGUGCAAUUCGAUCGUCAAUUGCAUCAAUUGGAGCGUGCCCAUGGUUAUCGUCACUUGGAUUUGAACAAACCGCGUUUCAAUGUUGGUUUGACAGAUAAUACAGUCGCGUCGGGCGGCAAUAUUGUCUUGUUUGUCGAAUGCCCGGGCAAUCCAGAAGCAAAUUGGUAUCGCGAUGGCAAGUUGUUGGUUGCACAUCCGCCGAAAAUUAACAUUUUCGAGGAAAAUGGCUUCUAUGCGCUCGCCAUUACGCACGCAACGAUGGAUGAGUCGGCUCGUUACACGGUAAAAGUCACAAAUAGCUUCGGUACGAUCGAGGGAGUGUCACAUGUGGAUGUUAUUAAUCCAAAUUCAUGCGGCAAAGGACAACGCCCCCCGACUUUCCAUACGCGCCCGCAACCGCAAAUCAAGAUUCGUGACGGAGAUCUCUUGUCGAUGUCGUUCAAGUUGCUCGGCGAACCGAAACCUAAAGUUAAUUGGUUAAAAGGCGCCCGUGACAUCACAAAUUCGGCACGCACAGUCAAGGAAAUGCACGGCGAUUACAUUAGAUUCUCGUUUAAGGAAGCGCAAGAAUCUGACAGCGGAAUUUACUUCAUUGUAGCUCGCAACAAACACGGUGUGGACAGAACUUUCGUACAAGUUUCAGUCAAACCAGCACGUGCAUACAAAGUUCCCAAACCUCCAACUCCUGAACCAGAAGAAGAGCCUGAGCCAGUUGUUGAACAAUACUUUUAUAUUACAUAUCAUCGUGCAAUGACCCCCUUGCGAUCAUUCACACCAACGCCAAUUUCGCGUGCUUUCACGCCCAGUCAACAUCCGCCAAUGACCCGAUUCCGCCCCAUUUCAUCGCCUUGCGACAUUCGUUCGCAUUAUCGCGCUAAAACGGUAUCGCCUUCAAUGGGAAUGCCCUACAUCGACACGACUCCUGUUGAUUUCUCGUCUUAUCGUCGUCGUAGUUUGGUGCCGUCUUUGCGUUACGAUCCUUCUCUUGAUCCUGUUUGGGAGUCGGAAUACUCAGCACAACGAUAUCGUCCUCAAUUCACGCCGAGAAAAGUUUUCGAUGUCGAACGUUACUCAAUUAACAAAUUUAAGAGCGUUUUGGACAAACCUCGAUCGAUGCAACAAGUUUCGCCGUAUCUCACGACAAAACUUACCGACACUCGAAUCGAGUUAUCGCAACCAGCGCAGCUCAAAUGUCACGCAAUCGGCGGAAAAGCUUCGAAAAUCCGUUGGUACAAGAAUGGCAUGGAAAUCAAAGAGGAUGGAAGACUUUCGUUAUGGAAUGCGAGUAACAGCAGUGUACUUGAUAUUUCGCGAACAUGCCUCAAGGAUUCUGGAUUGUAUCGAGCCGUUGUCGAAAAUGACUUGGGAACGACGUCGUACUAUUGCCUGUUGACGGUGACGCGAAAAACGACGUCUUACAUGUACAAAGAGCUGCCAUUUAGUGCCGACAUGAAUUACACCUUCAAAGAGGGCGAGAUAAUUCGCGUUAUCGCCCGCAUGCCAGAACGCAUCAACGAGGAACUGAUUCUUUAUCACAACGGAAUUCGACGAGCGAGUCACGGACGAGUAACAGUUCAUCACGAUCGCAGCGGAUUCCUCAAGAUGAUAAUUUUCAACGCAACCAUCGGCGAUUCGGGACAUUACAAGUUUACGACGCGCACGGGAACGACGAUCAAGGCGUUUAAUAUUAAGGUUGUUCCGACACAAUUGCAACUCGAUAUGGAAAGGGAAAAGUCUGUUGAUAGAUACGGCAGCAUGGUGAAAAACGAUCUUCGUGUCGACGCAACACUUUAUGUCCCUCAAGAACGUGGCACAUUUAAGCGCGAUACGAGAAGUGUUGAACGAACGUCGACCCGUUUCGGGGGAACAAUCCUAAUUCCGUUUGCCCGUUCGGACUGCUAUGAUGAUUGUGCCGUCGUGAGUACGACAACCGCAAUAAAAAGUCGAUCAUCGUCACCGUUUCCAACGUUAUCAUCCGCUUUGUCGUCAUCCUACACGUCAUUGGAUAAAUUUGGAACCGCAACAAAUCGAUACGGCAUGAGCUCGACAGCGGCGAUUUCUUCCUCCCUCCAUGGAUUACGUAAAUCCAGCACAAGUGCAAUGGAAACGGCGCCAUAUUUCCUCAAACAUUUGCGCGAUGUUCGGUGUCACACGAACGAGGAGGUCCAAUUGAAUUGCAUGGUUGAGGGAAUUCCGACCCCGAUGCUCAGCUGGGAGAAAGAUGGGCGUCAAAUUAUGUCGGGACACAAAUAUACGAUCAAGUAUAAGGAGAAAUAUUGUUCGCUGAUUAUUCAUUCGACGUCACUUGAGGACUCGGGAGAGUAUUUCUGCAUUGCGAAUAACUCCAUGGGGCGGGUGAGGACUUCGGCGCGCGUUAGUGUGCUCGAUAAGGAAAACUCUCGUUACGUGCUCUCACGAUACCGCACACCUUCGUUGAAUUUGACAUCAAUUCGCAGCACAACGCCCUUCCACAGCAGCAAUCAAAUGUCCUUCACGCCUCCAAAAUUCUAUUCCGUGCCGCAUAAUCGCGUCGUCGAAGAAGGAUCCACGGCAUUCUUCCAAAGCGUCGUCGCCGGCGAACCUUCUCCCUGGUCGACAUGGGACAAAGAUGGCAUCAUCAUGACACCCAAUGCCCGCAUCAUCAUCAAAGACAAAAACGACAUUCGCACCUUGGAAAUUCAAAAUGUCACGAUGAGCGACGCCGGCUUGUAUCGCAUCACAAUCGAAAACGACUACGGCCGCAACGAAUCAACGUUCCGCUUGGAUGUAAUCUCAACGAAACCCGGCAAACACAACGAAAUCAACGUUCGCAAGACAAAUUCCGCCUACAGUAGUCGCGGUUUCCGCUAUACGCGACGAAUUAUGUCGUCGCCCGUGAGUCAUGGAGGUCGAUUGGUGUUUCGAUCACUUUAUAGCUCGCAUACCGAGCCAUCGGCGAAAUUUUAUCACAACGGCAAACUCUUGGAAGAGUCAGAUCGCAUUGGAUUUCGCAUAGAACCGAAAUGCAUCACGUUGGAAAUUAAAAAUCCAAAGGCGCAGGAUGCGGGCGAGUAUAUUUUGGAGUCAAUUGUUGGCGAAGAAACGCAUUGCACGAGCACCGUGGUCCCAAAUGACUUUUUAACACGAAAACCAUCAAGCAAAAUCGCUUUUAUCAAAGCUCUUCCGCGAAAAAUGGAAAUUUACGAAGGAACUUGCGUCGAUUUGAAAGUAGAAAUUGACUCGGAGACACCUUACGAGUACAAAUGGUACAGAAAUGACACUUUGAUACCCGAUUCGUGCGAUUUCAAGUACAUCGAUUACCAAAAUGGACUCAUUGGAUUGCGAGUUAAGGAUGUUUUCACCCAAGAUUCGGGCAAAAUUCGAUGUGAACUCACAAAUGGCAUUGAAACGUGCGAGACUGAGACAGAAUUGAAGGUGCUCGAAUGCGAGUCGACUGAAAAAGUUCAAUUUUUGGAGAUCCCGAAGCCAGUUAUUUGCAAUUUUGGGGAUGUUGCGUCGUUUUAUGCGAGUGUCAGUCCCGCUUCGAGUCAAAUUCGGUGGUUUGUGCAAGGAAAAGAAGUUACAGCUACUUCUGAUGAAUUUAUGUUAGAAGAUGGCGGAAGCGACGGAACACGAACUCUUCACAUCUUGGGUGCUGAAUAUCAUCAUUCGGGUGAUAUUUCAUGUCAACUGAGCAACGAAUCUCAUCCAAAAGUCUCUUUAGAGACAGUUUUCACGCAUUUGGCAGUCCUUCCAAAAGUCACAGAGCCGAGAAAUGAUGCGAACGAGUGUUCUCCAUGCUUCACACGAGGUCCCAUGGAUGCCACAGCAUUAAGCGGAAGUACCGUGACGUUAGAAGCGUUCUUCCGAGGCACGCCAGAACCGAAUAUUAAAUGGAUGAGAGGAGGACACCCAAUAACUGACUCCAAUGCUCGAAUAAUCCACACUUAUGGAUACACAAAACUCCUUAUUCGUAAUAUAACGACAGACCAAAGCGGCAAAUACACGAUUGAGAUCACAAAUCAGCUGGGCACGGAUAUUAUGUCGACUUCGCUGGGCAUUGAAACGCAACCAGAUCCUCCGAGCAGUGCGCCAAGUGUUGCUUCGGGACCCGAUAGACUUGCUGUUGCGUGGUGCGGAUCGCCAUAUGAUGGCGGAUGCAUGGUUACGGAAUAUAUUUUGGAAAUACAAAAAGACGACGAUGAAUGGAGUGAAUUGGCAGUUGUUCGUGAUUCUUUGGCUUAUACAGCAAAAAAUCUCGAUCCGAAACACAAAUAUCGCUUCAGAGUACGAGCGGUGAACAUUCAUGGACCAAGUCAACCUUCAGAAGAGAGUGUUGCUGUUGUUAUGGAACAAUCACAAGAUGAACCCGAAUAUCACGAAACCGAAACAGUAACAGUCGCUGAUGGCGGAAGUUUCAAAGAUCGUUUCGAAACAUUGGAAGAAAUGGGCAAAGGAAGGUUCGGGCACGUACAUAAAGUAGUAGAAAAGAGCACAGGACAGAUUUUGGCAGCGAAAUUCGUGAAAUGUAUUAAAGUAAAAGACAAGGAAAAGGUAAUGGACGAAAUUCGCAUCAUGAAAGCUCUAAAUCACCCGAAACUCCUACAAUUAGCGACUUAUUUUGAAUGCCCGCGAGAAAUUAUCAUGGUUACUGAAUGUAUUACGGGCGGAGAACUCUUCGAAAGAGUCGUUGCUGAUGACUUUACUCUCACGGAAUGGGAUUGUAUUCAAUUUAUGCGACAAAUUUGUGAAGGAGUCGAAUAUAUGCACAGUAAAUUUAUCGUUCAUCUCGAUUUGAAGCCUGAAAAUAUCAUGUGUUAUACCAAAAAUAGUCAUCAAAUCAAAAUAAUUGACUUUGGUUUGGCGCAACAACUACAGAAAGAUGUCCCAAUGCGCGUUUUAUUCGGCACUCCUGAGUUUAUUCCGCCCGAAAUUAUCAAUUACGAGCCAAUUAGCCCGCUUUCCGAUAUGUGGAGUGUCGGCGUGAUUUGUUACGUGUUACUUUCGGGCCUUUCGCCGUUCAUGGGAGACUCUGACAGCGAUACUUUUUCCAAUAUUUUGCGUGCUGACUUCGAUUUCAACGACGAAGCUUUCGACGAAGUGUCGCAAGAUGCAAAAGAUUUCAUCUCGUCGUGCCUGAUACGAAACAAGGAGGAACGCGCUUCAGCGACUGAUUGUCUUCGCAGCAAAUGGUUGAGCAAAAAUGACAACGACGACGGACCAAAAGUCAAAAUUAGCACAGAUAAGUUGAAAAAGUUCAUUGUGAGGAGAAAAUGGCAGAAAACUGGCAAUGCUAUUCGUGCUUUGGGUCGAAUGGUGACUCUUUCCGCAUCGCGACGCAAUUCUGGCAUCACAAGCAAUGGAAAUUCGAACACAAACAGCCCUCGACCAUCGAUCGCGAUCCAUCAUUUGCCGAGUUUGGAUGAAAAUCGCGAGUCUAAAGUUCAAUUCGACACGGAUACGAUGGAUUCGAUAUCUGCUCCAUUAAAAAAUAAAAACUUAAAAGUGAAUAAUUGCGAAAGGAGUGACUCUGGAUUCAGCGAAGUCGAAGAAAAUUCCUUCGAAGACAAAAGCUCCAAGGGCGAAAACAACGAAAAAACCCUUCAACCCGAACUUUUGAUCCAAAAACUCGAAGAAAUUGCCGAAAUUCAACAAAUCGAGGAGAAAAAAGUUCGAAUUCCGGGUCUUGUUCAUACCGGAGUCGUUAAAGAACGAACGAGAAAAUUAUCAGAAAAAUUCGAAAAAGGCAAAAGUCCCGUUCAGGAAGCCACAAAAUCAGUUUUAAAGAAAGACAUUCCCGAAAAAAUUGAAAAAUUCCGUAAAUUAAGUUCAAAAAGUGAAAUUCCUCAGAAAAAUGACAUUCCGCAAGACGUUCAAAAGAAAUCUGAGGGCGUCAAACGUUACUCACCGCCGAAAAUGGUAAUUCAACCAAAUAGCAAGACGGCGCUUUUGCGACAAAAAUUCGAAAAUAAUUGCAAAGCUAACGAGCAACCACACGUAAGACACUUUAGAACGAAAUAAAUGGAGAAACGUUCAACAAUCCGUGGUUGCGGUUAAAGAAAAAAUUAAAAAAAACAAGUCUCACUUUUGUAAAUAGCUUCAAAUUUGAAUUUUUUGUUGUAAAACCUUAGAUUUUUAGGAUGUAACUGUCGUCAAAUGACGUUAAAUAGAUUUUUAUUUGAAUGUUUAUUAGCUUCCUCUUUGAAAAUUCAUCAUUUUUUAGCAUUUAGGAAGUUCUAAAAAGAGAAAAAUAUUGACAAGCUUCAAUUUAAUUGAACUUUU